AUGGCCGAAGUUGUGAAUGGAAGAAGCGAAACAACAGUAAAAAAUCCGUUAGAUCUAGCAAGCAGUGAUGAGGAAGUUGGAGAAAGUGAUGAAAUAUUAACGUCAUUGGGAAAUGGUGAUGCUUUGGACGAAAGGACUCAUCGAACUGAAGAAAUUAACGUUGAUCUGUCGAAAGACAAUUGCCUGAUUGUUGAUAUUUCGGAUGCUCUUUCUGAAAGAGAUAAGGUGAAAUACACAGUUCAUACGAGGACAACACUUCCGGAUUUUUCGAAAAAUGAAGUCAGCGUUGUACGAGAACAUGAGGAAUUCAUUUGGUUGCAUACAUGUUUAGAGGAAAAUGAAGCAUAUGCAGGUUUUAUUAUUCCUCCAGCACCACCACGACCGGAUUUUGAUGCAUCACGUGAAAAGCUCCAAAGGUUGGGUGAAGGUGAAUCAACGAUGACAAAGGAUGAAUUUCUAAAAAUGAAACAAGAGUUGGAACAAGAAUAUCUUGCAACAUUCAAGAAGACGGUCGCUAUGCAUGAAGUGUUUCUGUGUCGUCUUGCGGCGCACCCAGUUUUCAUGAAUGAUCCCAAUUUCCGGAUAUUUUUGAAAUAUGAACAAGAUCUUUCGGUGCGUGCAAGAAAUAAAAAAGAACUUGUUGGUUCAUUUUGGAAACGAUUAACACAAUCUGCCGAUGAAGUAUUACUGUCAGGACAGAAGGAUAUUGAUGAUUUCUUCGAACAUGAACGGAAUUAUUUGGUUGAAUAUUAUACACAUGUGAGGGAAGCUUCAUCGAGAUGUGACAGGAUUUCACGACUUCGUAAAAGUUAG